CCAGCAGCCGCCCACCUUCCAGCGGGGCCAGACCCGCCGAAACGGAGUCUCCCCGCCCAGGGCCGGGCUCCGCCGCGGGGCAGGCUACGGAGCAGAGGAAGCGGCGACAACAGCAGCAGCCCCCGCCCUGCCCGGCUCCCCCCCGGGCCAGGGGUUGGGCUCCCUGCCGGGCGAGGCAGAGCCGGCCACCACCUCCUCCUACUCCUCCUCCUCGCCUUCCUACUUCUGCACCGGCUGCGCUCCGGCUCCGCCGCUGCCCCUCAGCCACCGGAGCUGCCACACAGACAUCCCCCCUCUCUCCCUCCCUCUCCCCCGCCCCCGCCGGCUCCCCUCCGCCCCGUCCCCAGCGCUGCUGCUGCCGUCGCUUCCACAAGAUGGCGGGGACCGUGGCCGAGCGGGACGCGCUGAAAAUAGAGGACGGGCAUUUAAACAACUCACUGGGAUCCCCGGUGCAAGCUGAUCUGUGCUUCCCUCGCCUGAUCGUCCCCUUCUGUGGGCACAUCAAAGGAGGAAUGAGGCCAGGAAAGAAGAUCUUAGUUAUGGGAAUAGUGGAUCUCAAUCCCGAGAGCUUUGGCAUCAGUCUGACUUGUGGGGAGUCGGAAGAUCCUCCUGCGGAUGUAGCCAUUGAACUGAAAGCUGUGUUUACAGACAGACAGUUUGUCAGAAACUCUUGUGUUGCUGGAGAAUGGGGAGAAGAGCAAUCGUCUAUCCCCUACUUUCCCUUUAUACCAGACCAGCCUUUUAGGGUUGAGAUACUUUGUGAGCAUCCCCGGUUUAGAAUAUUUGUGGAUGGACAUCAGCUCUUUGAUUUUUACCACCGUAUCGAAACACUGUCAGCAAUUGACACGAUAAAGAUAAACGGAGAUCUUCAGCUUACGAAACUUGGCUGAGCUUGGUAGGACUGCAGAUUCCAAACCGGCUCAGGUGCCAUCAUCCAUCUGGAGUAGUGACAGCCGGUUCUGGACACAGCUAUGGUAGGAAGGCUGCCCUGUUCCUUUUUCCACGAGCAGUUCUUCACGCCUGUGCCGAUGAACCGGGCUGCUGUUUAUCCUAAUGAAGAACAUUGUUGGUUAAUAGACGUUGAGCCAUUUUUCUUGGAUCAUAAUAGCCCACCUGUGCCGGAUAAUCGAAUGGGAAUGGAUUCAGAAAGACUUGCAGCCUUGUUUCAGAGCUCACCAUUUCUGAAGCGCAGUGCUAAAAGCAGUUACUGAACAGCAGUGACAACAACAAAAGAAGUUUUUCUUUUGCAAAUAUUGUUUCUGCACUGAAGUGGAGUAGUGUAGCACAACGCAGGGCCGUGUGCUGAUGUCCUUACCGGUGGCCUGAGCCCGGUUCCAUGGAAAUCAAUGGCAAAACUCUCACUCACUUUAAUGUGGUACAAUCAAACUGUCUAGUCCUUAGUCAAGCACAAUCCCCAAUGAUUUCUAUGGGAUUUUUGCACACACCUGGGGGGCCAGCUCUUCGGCUGGUGUGUCACCUCCAUGGCUUGCAAUGGAAUUCUGCUGAUUGCUCCCAGCUGCCGAUUUGGCCCAAGGACUGUGCAAAAACCAAACGAGGGUGUGAGGACACAGCCUGUAUAUUUUAGUCAGGGUAUUUGCAUAGAAUGUAGAUCGUUAUGAGUUUUUGCACAACGUAUUGUUCAUACAAUUUUCAAAGCUUAUCUGUAGUUUAUUUAUUUAUACUCAUUGUAUGUAUUAUUAGUAAACAGCAAACAAUCUUCCUGAUGGUUAGGAACAGCAAAGUGUUAACAUUUUGAACACACAAAAUGUCUUAGGUUCUUCGGGUAAAGUCUUGCAAACUCUUGUUUCCUACUGACCGUUUAGUUACAUUUUACUGGAGCCCUCCAGCCCCUGGGAAAGCCUGGGCAUUGCAGCUGGUGGGGGUGGGAUAACUCUUUCUAUAUUCACUAGAAACUGUUUUUCAGGGCUUACUAACUUUGCUGCGCAGGAUAGGUUUGAGUUAAAGCUGAUCCAUUUAAAAAAAAAA